AUGUCGUUGUCAAUCCCCGGUCCCUCCCAGGCCGGCCUCUUCAAGCCUGGAUAUCAAAGCCAUGACGCCGAAGACGGUGCCGUGAUCCGCAACAUCGAAGCAUGUCGAGCAAUCUCCCAGACCGUCCAGUCCUCUCUAGGCCCCUAUGGCCGCAACAAGAUCGUCAUCAACCAUUUACAAAAGAUGUUCCUUACUUCAGACGCUGCGACAAUCCUACGAGAAUUGGAUGUUGUGCACCCCGCCGCCAAAUUGCUUGUGAUGGCUAGUCAGCAACAGGACGCCGAGAUGGGCGAUGCGACGAACUUGGUUAUUGUUUUCGCCGGAGAGUUGUUGAAGAAGGCUGAAGAAUUGUUGAGAAUGGGAUUAAAGACAAGUGAUAUCGUGAAUGGAUAUGAAAAGGCGCAGGGAUUUGCCUUGAAGACCUUGGAAGACCUCGAGGUGGACCGCCUCAAGGAAAUGCGUUCUGCCACAGAACUCAGCAAAGCCCUCAUCACUGUCAUCGCUAGCAAGCAGUCCGGCAAUGAAGAAGUCCUUGCUGCCCUCGUUUCCGAAGCCGUGCUUGCCGUCCUUCCUAAGAACCCCACCAACUUCAACGUCGAUAAUGUUAGAGUGGUCAAGAUCAUGGGUGGUAGCUUGGAACAAUCACGUGUGAUUAAAGGUAUGGUUUUCGGCCGUGAGCCCGAUGGACAAAUCAAGAAGGCUCGCAAGGCCAAGGUCGGCGUCUUCAGUUGCCCUAUCGAUAUCUCCCAGACCGAGACCAAAGGCACUGUUCUUUUGAAGAAUGCACAGGAGAUGCUCGACUUUACCAAAGGAGAGGAAGACCGUCUCGAAGCUGCCAUUAAGGAAUUAUAUGACUCUGGUGUACGUGUUGUUGUUGCUGGAUCCACAGUGGGCGAAUUGGCUCUGCACUACCUUAACCGUUUCAAUAUUCUGGUUAUCAAGAUCAUGUCGAAGUUUGAACUCCGUCGCCUUUGCCGUGUUGUUGGCGCCACACCGCUCGCUCGUCUCGGUGCACCUAUGCCGGAUGAAAUGGGCAACAUUGAUGUUGUUGAAACCACAGAGAUUGGAGGCGACCGUGUGACCGUUUUCCGUCAAGAGGAUGCCAACACCGUCACUCGAACUGCUACCAUCGUUCUACGAGGUGCUACACAAAACCACCUUGAUGAUGUUGAACGUGCUAUUGACGACGGCGUCAACGCCGUCAAAGCUAUCACCAAAGACCCCCGUCUCGUCCCUGGUGCUGGAGCCACAGAACUUCAGCUGGCUGAACGCAUCUCUGCCUUUGCCGAUAAGACGCCGGGAUUGGCCCAGUAUGCCAUUAAGAAGUACGCAGAAGCAUUCGAAGUUGUUCCUCGAUCAUUGGCCGAGUCCGCUGGUCUUGAUGCCACCGAGGUUCUUUCACGACUAUACACUGCUCACCAACGCAACAAGAAAUCCGACUCCGAAGAAGAGGAAGACGAAGAGGAAGAUUCAGAAAACUCCGGAGAGGAGUCCGAAGAGGAAUCGGAUGAAGAUGACGAAGAUCCAUACUGGACAACAGGUGUGGAUCUAUUCGGAAACUCCACGACAGGUACAAUUGAUGCUUUGGAAGAAGGUAUCCUGGACCUGAUGGCUUCCAAGAGCUGGGCAAUCCGCCUGGCAACCGAGUCUGCUCGCACAGUCUUGAGCGUUGACCAAAUUAUUGUUGCUCGUCAAGCUGGCGGACCCAAACCACCUGGCCAGAACCCUAAUUGGGAUGAGGAUUAA